CUAUAUCUGUUUAACUCAAAACCCUCGCUCCUCUUGUUCAAAAAUCAAAUAAAAACCCACACCGCAUUUAUCACUGACACUGUAUUCAUUUCGCCGCAGCAAUGUACAAAUCUUCAUCAACUAUGAAGUCCCGCCUCCGGCCACCGCGUCCGAUACCGAAAUCUCCUACUCGUCUCGGAACUCGAACAAUUCCCGACUCUGCCUCUCUUCAAACUCCACCAGGUUCUUUAUUGAAAUCUCAGAAACCAGUUCGAUCUCCCGAACAAUUACGGCCUGAAUACCGCACAAUUGCGACUGAAUUUAGGGCUUUAGCAAGGAUGGUUAAUAACCAAUUCGGAAAACCAGAUCCGGAAGAGGAAGAAAUUGCUUUCGCUAAUUCUUGCAACCCUAAAUCCGGUGUUUUAUUUGAGAGAGGAAGAUUCUACGAUGAAUAUUCCGCGAGAAGGAACGAAAGGCUCAAGAGAAAACUACAAGGAGUGCCGGUGAAUGAAGUUAAUACUACUAGUAUUAAGCCGCCUAAGGCGCCUUCUCAUCGUGCUCUUGGUGUUAAUGUUGAAUCGGGGAAAAAGAAUACUACUGCGAGGAAGCUUGGAAGUCUUAGAAAAUCGGUUUCUGCUGCUUAUUCUGAUGAGGUUAGUGAAACUCCAAGGUACAUGCUUAGGAGCAGGACUAAGGAGAUUAGUAAGAAACCUCCUCUAGCUUCAAGAAUGGAUAAGUCUGCUUCUGUUGGUGAGAAGAAGAUCGGAGUCACUCCCAGAAGAACAGGAAGAAUUUCAUACUAUUAGGGUUGAUGUAAAAUGGAGAACUUGAUUUAAUAAGAUGUAUGGGUUGAAUCUUGUUCUCUCUUAUGUAUUUCUGUUACUUUUACUCAAUGGAAGUUAAUGGAAGUUGUUACA